UUUUAAUGCAAGGAGUGUAAUGAUUAAAACCACUGGCUUGGCCGUGAAUUUUGUUUCAUUUAUUUUAUUUAUUAGCAAUUACCAUGUGUUUUUCCUCGCUUAACUUUCGCCUCUCUUUCUCUUAAUUAUAUUUGCAGAAAAGGCUAAGAAGCUUUUUCCAUACCCAGAUCCCCCUCUCUCUCUCUUCUUUCUCUCUCUACAUUUUCGAAAAAUGGGUGUGAAAGUGGCCGCAGCUUCUUUACAUUGGUCACAACCUUCCGUCCCCCACUCACCAUCUUCUUCUCAGUCACUUCCCUCCGCCGUUUCCUCCAACCGCCGUGGCUUCCUCACCGCCGGCGGCGACGGAGCUCUGUUCUGCCAGUACGUGGAGAGGUCCGCCGCCCUUUCCUCAAAACUCCUACACAGGUCCCAAUCCUGCGGCGGUGGCGGCAGCAGCAAAACAACACGUGUCCGAACAAUCAGAAGAGCCAUCUCCGCCAGCUUGGAUAAUUCCUUCUCCUCCGACGAAGAAUUCUCCAAACAGAUUCAAGAAUUAGCCCUCAGAUUUCAACUCAGCGACAAUGACAUGUUCAUGGAAAAACCCGACGCAUUCGAUCCCUUAAAACCGUGUCCCGAUUUCCCCGACCGAGACGAAAUAACCCCGUCGAAUAUCGAGUGGAGGGCGAACAGCUUCGACAUCCCGUUAUCGCUCAGGAUCAUAAAAAGAAAGAAGCAAUGGCAGUCGGGUUUCGCGGAAGCCGGCGAAUCGGCUUGCUGCUCGGUGAAGAAGGCGUUUUCGUCGAUGGUGUUCAUAAUCCAAGAACUCCAUAGCUUCACUCUUCAGAUGAGGGAGGUUCUCUUCUACGAAGAUUUACAAGGAAUUCUCGCGAGCGUUCAGAAAGAAAUGCAGGCUUCGUUCGUCUGGUUGUUUCAGAAAAUAUUCUCCCACACUCCGACUCUUAUGGUUUACGUAAUGAUACUCCUCGCUAACUACAGCGUCCACUCGAUAUCGAGCAAUUCAGCAUUCGCCGCCGUUGCGCCACCGGUACAAACGUAUUCGGUCGAAGAAGUUUCAAUAAUGGUGGAAGAUCAGACCCCGUCGUCCAAGAAUCAUCAUAAAUUCGACUCGUCAAUUGUUAGGACACUGAAAUUGUCUUUGAAUUCGAAUUCGAACGAGGAUGAAAUUUCGGUGGGAGGAAACAGCGGUGGCGGAGGAAAAUAUCCGACGGUUGCUAGCGGCACGGACGGAGACGGUACUACGAACCCGAACGGGGCGCUAUCGUCCUCGAUUUUGAAUCCUUCGAAAACUAGUGGUGGAGAAGAGUUGGUUUCUAGACAAGUUUCGGUCGACGAGGAGACGGAUUUGUGGAACUCGAUGGUGGACGAGGCUUCGAAAAUGGAGGCGGAAUCGAGGGACGAAGCGUUGGAUCAUGAAACGAUGCAAAGAUUCGUGUCGCCGGUCAAUGCUAUUAUUCAAGAUGACGAUUAUUCGGACCACUUUCGAACAGAGCUUCUUUACCAAUCGGAGUUGGCUCAAGAGCCCAACAACCCUCUUUUGCUAGCAAAUUAUGCUCAAUUUCUCUACCUCGUGCUCCAUGAUUUCGACAGAGCGGAGGACUAUUUUAAGAGGGCGACGAAAGUGGAGCCGAAAGACGGAGAAGCUUUGAACAAAUACGCAAACUUUUUGUGGCUCGUGAGAAAAGAUCUUUGGGCAGCUGAAGAGACUUAUUUGGAAGCCAUUUCCGCCGAACGGAACAAUUCGUAUUACGCUGCUAACUACGCACAUUUCCUAUGGAGCACGGGUGGUGAGGAGACGUGUUUUCCUAUCGAUUCUACCGAUUCCAGUAUCGAAUUGUAGGGAAUUGUAGGGAUGGUCACUGUAGAAAAAGGAAAAUCUUGAAAGCUCAAAGGCCAAAGACAAUCCCACCCCCUUACCCAACAAAGUUUCUUCUUACACCCUUGACUUAGAAAAAAAAUAAUAAUAUUAAUAAUUAAAAAAAAAUAAAAAAUCAUUGGUUAUGAUAAUAAUAUCCCAAUGGAGAGGAAGAGAUUUUUUCUCCAUGGUGAGUAGAUAUUUUUUUUAUUUUUUUUUAUUUUGAUAUAUACAUGUAUAAUGUUAUAUAUAUAUAUAUCUUAAGUGGAGAAAUAGGACUUUUUUUUUUUUUUUUUUUUAGUUUUGGUUAAUGGUAUAUGGGGUGUGGAGGAAGAGAAGAAUGAGAGGUGAGGAGAGAUUUGAUUGGUGGGGGCAGUGAAGAGAUAAUGCUUCAAUUGUAAUUAUACUUUUCUUGUUCAUAUUUAUUUGUCCAUUUUUUUUUUAAUAAAUGAUUUCGCUGUCAUGAAAUUUAA